CUGGCACCUGUCAGUUUUAUUUUGAUCCAAGUUCGAUCGGGAUUGUCUAUUGAAAACGCGUAACCAGCUCGUUUCCACACGCAUUUUCAAAUUAAAACGUGCGUGCCAUCCUCCUGAGAUGCUCCGUUACCAUCUGCGAUACGAAAAUCCACCUACUUAACUGAAAAGUACCGAACGCAUACGGCAUCAAAUAGCAGCCAUGAGUUGAAGAUGCUACGUUACUCAGGAAUUCCAAAAGAUACAUCCGGAGAUAGUUUAGCCACUCUAAGAAUAUCGGAGGAUAAAGAAAUCUCCACCUCUCCUUGUAACCCCUUAGAUAUUGACUCAACCGAUUUAUGUACAACAGUGACCAAUGGCUGUCUUAAACCCCCAACGAACGGAACGCGAAAAAUCUCCACUCACAGCGUUUCGGGUGGCCCAGGACCCCCUUAUUCAUAUUAUUCAUACUCGAAUGUACCUGUUCAUAUCAAAACUCAAAGCUUGCCAAAUCAAUUCUCAAAAAACUACAGUUGCGCCGUAUACGACCCAAUGCAAAUCUCACCAGAAGACUUCGCUAAUCAGCUGACCCUUUUAGAUCUUCCGAUUUUCUUGGCGAUUCAACCGGAUGAAUUAACUAGUUGCGGAUGGAACAAAAAGAACAAAAUGACGAUAGCUCCGAACGUGGUGGCGUUCACGAGACGGUUUAAUCACGUCAGUUUUUGGGCCGUACAAGAAAUACUUUCCCGCAGCACCCCGAAACAACGAGCGGACGUUCUCGGGCACUUUAUAAAGAUCGCCAAACGAUUAUACGAUCUCAAUAAUUUGCACUCGUUAUUCGCAAUAAUCUCAGCCUUACAUAGUGCCUCGGUGUACAGGCUCUCGAAGACGUGGAGUUGCCUCACGAAAAAGGAAAAACAAUCGUUUGAUAAACUCUCGGACGUCUUCUCCGAUUCGGAGAAUUGGUCGAAUCUUCGAAGUCACAUUGAAAGUUUGAAAUUACCAUGUAUUCCGUACUUAGGUUUAUAUCUGACCGAUUUAGUUUACAUCGAUAUGGCGCAUCCUCAUUCGGGGGGGCUCGAAUCUCAACAACGCAGUCUUAAAAUGAAUAAUAUACUCCGUAUUAUAUCUAAUUACCAACUUUCCGAUUAUUCGCAUGUUUCUUGUGUACCGCAUGUUAAAGACUACCUCAAUUCGAUUCGAUAUAUUGAAGAACUUCAAAAAUUUGUGGAGGAUGACCAAUAUAAAUUAUCUUUGAAACUAGAACCUCCAUCACCAAUACCAAGUUCAUCAAGUUGUAGUUCUAAAGAAUCAGUAAUCGCGGACGGAACGGCAAUCGCAUCACUAAAUUUAUCACCCGCAAAAAUCUCAAGCGGCUCGCUAAGACUUACCACAGCGUCAACAGGAAACAAAUUUACUCCCGGACAUCGAAAAUGUCGUAGCUUAGGCACAAAAUUUCGUAGCGCGAGUCUUCCCCGCAAUUUUCACAAACAGGGGUGCCCCGUUCUGGGGCGUAACUCUGUUGUUGCCACGUUGGGCAUUUUCAGUAAAACGCAUCACAUAGUCUUCGAUCCAAAAGAUUUACCGAAAACUUUACACCUCCUUGAUGAUUCCGAAUUGGAAGAUGCCAAUACAAGCACGUCACAUAGCGAAUUACCAUCACCCAUAACCGAUAUACCUCUCCAAGCCUCUCGAAAUACAUCUGAAGACUCCACUUUACUCACAAAACAAAACGAAGAUUCGUUGAGUCUCCAAGAACCUUUUUGUCCAAUGCAAGGUUGUAUAAGAAGAAAAACUCUUUUAAAACACGGAAAAAAGCCCGCGGUUGCGUCAUGGCAACGAUAUUGGAUACAAAUCUGGUCGUCUUCUCUCGCUUAUUUCUCCCCGAAAUCGUUUAAAGGAAACCAAAGAAGCGAUUUUAAGAGUGAACCUUGCAAAAUGGUUUCGUUGAUUGGUUGUCAAAUAUUUUUAAGCGAUAACACGCUUCAUCCUGAUCUAUUCCAAAUCGUAGACCAACAGAAAGGUAACGUGUACAAAUUUCGAUCUGGAAGUCAAGGAGCGGCUGAACGAUGGUGCAAGUACCUUAAAAUGGCUGCAAAUAACGAACAAACCCCUCUACCCACAAACUUAAUGUCUUUUGAGUGACAUGUUGAAUUUUUAUAUGUUUUUUUUUGUAUCUAUAUCUGUACUAUAUUAAUUUCUAAGAACGUUUUAUUUGUUUUAUAUUUUGUAUCAUUCAGUUAUUUAAUAAAUUCCAUUGUCUCAUAAAGACAACGCUUAA